AGGCAACAAUCAUUCUAACAGUCUGCCGUCGGCGGUUAGCCGGAGACGAUGGCCAGCUACAAUCUCGAGUUCUCGUGCGAUACAGCAGAAAACACCUUAGCAUGGAUACACUCUAUAAUCGAUUUUCUCGAUUCUUACCGUUUCUUCCUUGAAGCUCACGUCGUCAAUUUUUUCAAGGAUAGGCUAUGGGAGAAUGUUGACAAGGAGUGGAUUGAUUGUCUUCGAAAUGAAUCGUCUGAGAACCUUGUCCAGAUUCCUUCCGGUGUUGUGCAGGAAUAUUGGCCUCCUUCACUCAAGAAAUUUGUCCUUACUUCAAGGUCUCUUGCCAUACGUCGAGAACAGGCCAACCUGAGUAAGGUGCUUCCGGAUAUGCACUUGGCUUCACUUAAUCAAGUUCUUACGCAAGGCAUGAAUCCGAAGAAAAAACAUGAAGUAGAAGUUCUGGCAGGUGUUGUCAGUUGCAUAGCAAAAGGUGUUGGUGCAAGUACAGUAGUUGAUGUUGGUGCUGGCCAGGGUUAUCUAGCCCAAGUUCUUUCCUUCGAGUACCAACUUCCUGUUAUAGCAAUAGAUGCUUCUUCUCAUCAUGCAAGAGUAACAGAUGCUCGGGCUGAGCGAAUCAAGAAACAUUAUUUCUCCAAAUUGCGUAAAACCGGAUCAGGAAGCCAUUUCAACAUACCAAAAACAGUAACCUGCCAAAUUCUUUCUACCGAAACCUUGAAAGCUCUUAGCAGGUCGUCGCUCCAAAAAGAUUUAGCGGAUCUAGAGCUGGUUGAAGAAUCCGCAGAAACUGAGUCAUCAUUGCUUCUUGCUGGUCUUCAUGCUUGUGGAGAUCUUUCAGUAACGAUGUUGAGGUCUUUCUUGGACUGCAAGGAAAUAAGAGCUGUGGUAAGCAUCGGUUGUUGUUAUAACUUGUUGUCAGAGGAGGGAUCAGAAAGUGCUGACUUUCAAUGUGGAUUUCCCAUGAGCAAAGGUGUUAAAUCUACAAAAUUUUCAUUAGGAAAGAGUUCAAGAGAUCUUGCGUGUCAGAGUGCAGAGCGAUGGAAAGGCUUGGGAAUUGAUGCUAGUCUCCAUAAUUUUAAUUUACAUGCUUUAAGAGCUGCUUUCCAGAUGGUUCUUUUCCAUUAUUAUCCAGAAACUCUUGAAAAGAGUCCUAUAGUAGGACGUCAAGGGAAAGCAUUACUCCGCCAACAACAUAGGAAGGAGGAAAGCACAGACUCCAUGAACUUUGUAGAUCACAAUAUCCUCAAGAGAGGAAAUAUUGCAAAAGCAAAUGGAACUGGAGAAUACCACAUAGAAGGUACAGGGAACGCUGAUGAAAAUCACUUUUCUGAUCCUGUUCUCCUAGCAUCAGCUUCUAUAAAAUCUGGUAGCAUGGCGGGUAAAACUUCAGGGGCAUUUUCAAAUGGUUCAUCUAAUCAGAUCAGUAUUAAUGAAGACACCAAGAAAUAUUUACUAUUUGAAGAAUUCAGUGUGUCAGCAUUAAGUCGUCUUGGUUUUAGUCACUUAAAGGAAGUUGAUUUUUCUCAAAUAUGGAAAGAAACAGAACCUUUUGCAACUCUUAUUGGUCCUUACUGGUCUCUUCGCACCGCAUUAGGACCUAUUAUUGAGACCAUCCUCCUCCUCGAUAGAUUAUUGUAUCUUCAGGAGCAUGACAGUUAUCUGGAAACAAUGAUAUUACCAAUUUUUGAUCCCAAAUUAUCCCCAAGGAACAUGGCACUAAUAGCUAAAAAAAUAUGAUUGAUUUGUAUAAUGAAACAUACCAAGCCAACCCCAUCCAACAUAUGUUGAAUCAUAAAGCUGAUGGUGCAAGAGUUCUUAAGGCUUUUUGGCUGUUCUAUCUUUGUAUGCUAGAUUGGACAUUUUAUUUAGACAAAAAAAUUAAGUUGGUUGAAGCAUGCAGAUGUGUUUUCCUUUUA